GCCUCUGCUCUGCAAAUGGAACAGCGCAUCAUGAUUUGGACAAAUGGUUUGAGUCUCUUCGCCGGGUUUCUGAUGGGGUUUCUUCUCCUGUCUGUGUUCACCGGGAAGGUGGUGCCUGAAGAGAAUAUCAUUGCAACCAAGAAGGGCAAAGUCAGAGGGACCAGCCUGCAGGUGCUGGGGGGGACAGUCACAGCCUUCCUGGGAAUCCCUUAUGGGCAGCCCCCCAUCGGGAAGCUGAGAUUCCAAAAACCAGAACCUCGGGAGAAAUGGGCAGAUGUUUGGGACGCCACCAAACAUGCAAACUCCUGUUACCAGCCCAUAGAUACAACUUACCCAGGCUUUGCUGGCUCAGAGAUGUGGAACCCAAAAACCAACCUAAGUGAGGACUGUUUGUACCUGAAUGUGUGGAUUCCUUCUCCCAAGCCCAAGAACGCCACUGUCAUGGUAUGGAUUUAUGGUGGUGGCUUCGAGUCCGGGUCCACUUCCCUGCCUGUCUACGAUGGGAAGUUUCUGGCCAGGGUGGAAAGAGUGGUUGUGGUUUCCAUGAACUACAGGACUGGUGCAUUGGGAUUUCUGUCCUUGCCCGGAAACCAGAAGGCUCCUGGAAAUGCAGGUUUAUUUGAUCAGAGGUUGGCACUUCAGUGGGUCCAGGAGAACAUAGCAGCCUUUGGAGGCAAUCCCAAAAGCGUGACUCUGUUUGGAGAGAGCGCUGGCUCGGCCUCUGUCACCUAUCACCUCCUUUCUCCUGAAAGCCACCCUUUAUUCACCCGGGCCAUCCUGGAGAGUGGGUCUGCCAAUGCCCCCUGGGCUGCAAUUACAUCUUCUGAGGCCAGGAACAGAGCAGUGGCAUUGGCCAAACAGCUCCAGUGUCCCACCAGCAACGAGUCAGAGCUCAUUUUCUGCCUCCAAGAAAAGGAUCCAAAGGAAAUAGUGGAAAAUGAAAUUUUUGCUGUUCCUUAUGGUUCUCUUUUACAAAUAUAUUUCUGUCCGAGUGUGGACGGUGAUUUUCUGACGGACAUGCCAGAAGUAUUGAUGGAGAAUGGUCUUUUCAAAGAGACCCAGAUCUUGGUGGGUGUUAAUAAGGAUGAAGGGUUAUCAUUUCUGACAUAUGGAGCCCCUGGCCUCGACAAGGAUAGCGAUGGCUUGAUCAAUAAAACCCAGUUUGAGGCAGCUUUAACUCUGGCCUUCCCAAGAGCGAGCAAGCUUGCCAUAGAGUCAAUCAUCUUCCAUUACACGGACUGGGAAAACUUGGGAAAGCCGGAGCACUACCGGGAUGCAAUCGAUGACGUUAUCGGGGACUACCAGAUCAUCUGUCCCGUGGUGGAGUUCAGCACCAGCUUCGCCCAGCUGGGCCACCACGUCUUCUUUUAUUUCUUUGAGCAUCGCUCCUCCAAGCUGCCCUGGCCAGAGUGGAUGGGGGUCAUGCAUGGCUACGAGAUCGAGUUUGUGUUCGGGCUGCCCCUGGAGAGGAGAGUGAAUUACACCAAGGCUGAGGAGCUCCUGAGCCGCUCUAUGAUGAGACACUGGGCAACUUUUGCCAAAACUGGAGCUCCAAAUGGGACCCUGACUAAUGGAAUAAAAUGGCCAGUCUUCACUAGUACUGACCAAAAAUAUUUGACAUUGAACACCAACACUUCCGAGGUACUGACAAAACUACGAGCUCAGCAGUGUCGAUUCUGGAAACACUUUUUCCCCAAAGUCAUGGAAAUGACAGGAAAUAUUGAUGAAGCAGAACGAGAGUGGAAAGCAGGAUUCCAUCGGUGGAACAAUUACAUGUCAGACUGGAAAAAUCAAUUUAAUGAUUACACCAGCAAGAAGGAGCUGUGCAGUCUCUAAUUAAUAUGUUUACUCUUUCCAGUUUGUCCCUAGAACUGUUCAUCAGGCAAAUAUCCAGGUAGCUUCCCAACCUGUCGAGCAUUAAAUAUAUUAUGCAGAUUAAAAGGAAAUGCUACAGAUACAACUCUGAUUUCAGAUCUUUCCUUUAUAUUUUACCUCCUCUCUCAAUAAAAAAAUAUAAGGUACCCACCCCCUUUGAAGCCUCCCUGGGUCAAGUAGGACUGUAGAGAUUAAAGGCUGGAGAUUAAUGAUGUACAUAUUCUUAUAAAUACUUGCUGCUUAAACUCACUCUUCAAAGAAACAAUGUAAUCUGUUAGAGGAAAAUGGACUUUUUUUUUAAACAGAAAUAGCAGUUUUACAGCAGUGCCAUGCAGAACACAAUCAGAUUUAAUCUUUAACUGCAACACCACCUCACUCAAGGCUUGUUUCAGACAUAAUUUCAUCCACAUAAACAUAAAGAUGCAAUAAUUUUGCUGGAUGCACCAGGCAAUAUUUGCCUGUUAGACCAAAAAGUUUUCAGACUGCCAUAAAAGUGAGAAUCAGUGUUUUUUUUCUGGCCAAAUAUGUGGAUAAAGCCAUGCAGGAGGGGAUUUGAGCUGUGUAUUGAAAGCCUAAAUCAAGUGCUAUGGUGAAAUAAGCUGGAAAACCCAACACCUUUCCCACAAUCCUCAUUUUUUUCAAGGAGUAAAGAAUUACAGACUCACAAAUAAUGAAUUCACACCUUUCCAGCUCAGGCACUCUGGGAAAAGUCCCUCCUAUGGAGGCAAGCUCCAAUUAUGAUUUUUUUUGUCCGCUCAGUUGCCUCCUGGUUGAGGGACACCCCGCAUUUACUGGAACAUGAGGGGGCAGCUUUUUUCUCCUGCAGAAGAGCCUCAGUUUCUGUGUCAGCAGAUUCCCAGCCCCAAAAACUGCCAGGAGAGUGGAGCCUGCCCAGGAAUCUCCUGGAUGGAAGGCUGGGGAGAGGAUCCUUGCAGAGGGGUGUUGUGACCUUGGUGGGAAGGACCCAAAGGACUCUUUGCCACGGCCAGGUGAGCUCCCUGCCCUGUGAGCUGGCAUCUCCCACACUCCUUUCCACUUGCUCGAGCUGAACCUAUUAAAAACCUCUAAAGAAACCCAUGGAUAAUUCUUCGUCCUUCCCUGCUUCUGGAUGGGGCUGGAAUUUUUCUGCCUGAGCACCACCGUAAUUGGUUGCUUUUCACUGGCCCAACUGGGAAGAAUAAAUGCCAAGAAUGUGAUGAAUGUAAGUAGUAUGUAAGAGCAACAAGCCAUCUCGUAAAUAAAUUAUCCUGAAGCUUUCUGUAAGUGCAAUAGCA